UAUGCUCUCUGUCGCCGUCUAAAAUAUUCUCCUUUGGGUACUACUACUAACUCCGGACGAAAGCGAAAGAUCGAGAGAAAGAAGAAGAUGAACGUAGUUCAAGGUUUGAAGAGGAUCCCGAGCAUCAAAUUCCCACAGCAACAUCUCAACCCUUCAGCUUCGGAGGGAAAGACUCAGGUGGUGGCAAAUGAAGCAGAUACAUUAUUCUUCUCCAGUUUGAACGUCCCAAAGACUAUAGGCGGGAAGGCAUCACCCCAGCCUAAGCGUACUCCAGUUUCAAACGAAGAGAUAGAAGCCAUCUUGGCUGCCUCUGAUCAUUCAAAAUGAUCUAUUGAUUAGAGAAAUGGUGGACCUCUUCUCAUCUUUACCAUUUACAGAGAAUAUACUCUAUAGUCUGGUGCCUUGAAACGUUUCUUGCAUGUUGUUUACUCCAAUCUGCCCACAUUACCUAUCGUUUAUACAAGUUAUACGCCCGGAUUCUACAAAACUCGAGUUAAAGUUUGUACAAGUCCUCAGACGUGCAUUAGAAUAUAUGUUUGUCGAUUCAUGACGUUUCUUGGAACAUUAGGAUCGUUGAUCUUUAACCUCAACUAAGGUUGAUUCUUUGAAAGGGGAGAUCUCGCUAUUGUACAAGCAGCUCAUUAUAGACACAACACAACAGUUUCGUAGUGAGCUGGAACAAAUAACAGAGUUCUCAAAUCAAGCUGAAAGUGCAAAGCUACCAGAGAUUGAGGUUGUGUAUGUGUGUGAUCUGGGAUGGAAUAAUAAAUGCUGUUCACGGGUCUUGGAAUACCAACCUUUGAUUCUCUUAACGCAAAAUUCAUAUGAUUUUUUUUCCAAUGGAAAUGACUUCUUUAGUGGAUUGAAUGUUGGUUUAUAGACAGCUUCAUAAUCAUUUUCAUGUGUCUGAUGAUUAAUUGGUUUUGACAUUUCAAGACAUGUUGGUGAUCACCGCUAUAGGCACUCUUAGAAUAUUUUGUGGGAAUCGACAGAUGAGGCUUCAAAUACAAUGUUUUAAUUUCGUAGCUGCAAGGUUUGGUUUGAGAAUAUGAAACACUACCUUCUCUGCAAAUUUUUAAUGAGAUGCAGUUUUUUUCUUAUCGAUGUUUGAGAUUUGAGUAGUUGUUCAGUUUGAGACUUUGAGUAGUUGCAAUUUUUCAUUUUGAGACUUUGAGUUCAUAUGUUCGUUCCAACAAUCGUCAAAAAAAUAGUUCAAAAUCGUUUUUCCUUA